GGGCUGGGGGUCGUCGCUCGCUGGGUCCCAGCUGCGGAUGAUGGGGUUUCCGAGCGCGAGGCGCGGCCUGGAGUGGCUGCUGGGCUUCUACUUCCUCUCCCACAUUCCCAUCACCGCCUUCAUAGACCUGCAGGCGCUGCUGCCGCGCGAGCUCUACUCGGUCGAGCUGAGGAACCUGCUGCAGUGGUAUGUGCAGGAGUUCAAGGACCCGUUCCUGCAGCACCCGCCGCUGUGGCUGAAGCCCAUGCUGCUCUGCGAGCUCCUGCUUCAGCUGCCUUUCUUCCCCGUCGCCACCUACGCCUUCUUCAAAGGCGGCUGCAAGUGGAUCCGCACCCCGGCCAUCAUCUACUCGGCCCACGUGAUGACCACUCUCGUUCCAAUUCUCUCCGUGCUGCUGCUCGAGGAUUUCUCCAAAGCCGGCCGUUUCAAAGGACGAGGACCCCAGACUAUGCCCGAGCGGCUAACCCUGGUCUCCUUCUAUGCGCCCUACUUCCUCGUCCCCCUCGUGCUUCUCCUGUUCAUGUUGCGGAGCCCCCACUACAAGCCUGAGGAGAAAAGGAAGAAAAAGUGAGGGAUGCAAGCGCUGCCGCGGGGGGCGUCCUGACAGACCCCGUGCUCUCGGAGCCCCGCGGCUUCAGCAGCUUUCACCACACCCGCAGCAAAGCACAGGGCCCGCCGACCUCGCUCCCCAGCCACGGGGGCCGGCUGCGUGGCUGCCCAGGCUUGCCCGAGGGAGGCUCCAGGGAUGUGGUGCCAAAUGCCGCAGGACGUGCCCACGCUCCAUGCCAGGAUGCAUGGGUGGGUAAAUGCCCAAGAAACAUGCCUCCUUAGCAUGUCCACAAAUUGUCUGACCCCCAUUCCAUGCGACUGAACCCCGAACUCGAGUCUCCUAGCCAAUCACUAAACAACAAAAAUGAACCGGGAAGGUCUCCAUCAUCCUCAUCCCCAAACUUGUUAGGCCUUACUUCCCCUCCCUCCUCCACUUCCUUUGUAACGAGCGCGAAACCUGCAAAGCGUGACUUUCUCGGAUAUGGGCUCGUCGAGGUUUGGUUUCGGUCUUCCACAGGCCGCCCCAGAAGAUUUUAAAUCUCCUUUCCUAUUGUAUUUUUAGAGCCCACGCAGCCUCCUGUUCUCUGAAGUCUGAUCUAACAAGUCGGUUCACACCUAACCCCGGUGUGCUUCCUGGUCCCUUCCUAGUACAAUUGGAUCAUUCCUUCCAUCUGUUCUCAGAAGGGGUCGGCGGGCAACUGUCCCAUGUGUACAGGCAGGGUGGUGACAGUGCCUGGUGUUCCAUGUCGCUGCCACUGAGUCCAUUAGUCCCUGCAGGGGAGGGAAGGGCUGCCGGUGGGUUUCCAAGGCUGUCAAUCAUCA